AUGACGUUAACGUUGUCGAAUAAAUGGAUUUUUCAGUUUUUCAGUGUGGCGUGUUCUCCUCAAAGAAUGGUGGAGACAUAUCAGUAUCUACCGGUAAGUCAGGUGACUAAAAUCACAGAGCGGGAAACAUUAUUUUCAUUCAAACAAUCAGUACCUUGAUAACAAUCCAGCCGGUUAUUUUACGGCAAAAGAGAGAUUUAGAGUCACGUUUACGGCAAAUCCAAGUUGAGAAAUCCUCAAAAUAGAAAAUGAGCAGCUAAAAACAGCUCACUGAAACAAUUCUUAUGGAUAAAACUGGCAUGAAUCCACUGAUUUCCGUGUAGUUAUAAUGAACAGUAAACGACAUUUUAAGGAAAACCUUGGUCACGUGGUACAAAUUCUCGUUUGCCGUAAACGUGAUUCUAAAUUCAUUCUAAUGUCAGAGGUUGGUCGGCACAUGGAGAAAAAUUAACGUGAGAUAAGAUGCUAAUCUGCUAAUAUUUUUCAAUCUACUGUAGACUAGUAGUCAUGCAGCAGAAUCAGAAUCAGUGUAAUAUCCCAAUUGCCUUCACGCAUCCUAAUAAAGUCAACUCUCUCAUAGCGACCACUUCUCGUAAGCGACCACUUUCAAAAUAACCGUUUUGUUUCUCAGCCAAAUACCGAAUUCCAAUUCGAAUUUCUUAAACGACCCGGACCACAUUUUAAGCCAGAAAUUUAACUUGUCCUUUUGUUUUCUGUUUCCCGUAAGCGACCACCCGGCAUGAUCAUCACGUAUGAUUGUAAGAAACCAUGCUCGAAUGUCGCAUUAGUUCAGUUCUAUAUAGCGUUGACCAGGCGUGCUGACAGAUUACAGCAGUUACCUCACAAAAUAAAUGGUUGAAAGACGAUCUGUACGUAAACAGGUGCAUUGUAACAUUGAUGCAGAAUAUUAUGUACACGGGGUUAUGUACAAAGUUUAAGCAGUUCCAAGUCGUAUUCGAUGUGAAACAUUCUUGCCAGUUGACUAUUUGCCUAAGUUUUAGCUUGUAAGGUAAUAACCUUAUGUAAUUACGUUAAUCACUUCAUUUUAAGCUUAUAUCUAUGACUUUCCCGUCGACGACCACCUUCCGUAAGCGACCUCUUUGUCGUGUACCAAGGGUGGUCGCUUACGAGAGACGGAUAGAUCAGGUGGAUUAGCGCCUGCAAGCAUUUCGCGCAGAGGAUAUCCAUGUGAGGCUCCAUCAAGCCUCUAGAGGUGGCGGAGGGACCCCAAUCUUGAAACUCGAAAAUAUUUCCAUUUGGUUGGCGCUACUUGAUUCUUUUAGGGGUAUUUUUCCGUCUUUUACCUAGACCACGAUUUUCAAUUCUCGAUUUUUUUGCUUAACAGUUUAACAAGAAUAUACCAAUUAAAGGAUUCAAGUUUUAUGUCAGCACAGCCUCGUGGAAGAUGAAGCGCCCUCCUGCUUAUUUAUUAAGGGUGUGGUAAACAAUCAUUUUUGCUGUUCUUCGCGUUUUUUAUUUUAUCUUAAAUAAAAAGUAAUAAAAUUAAUGCAACUUGUUUAUCCCAGAAUUCUUAGCUUGAAAAAUGGAAACAGAGAGUUUCUUUCGGUUAGGAAUCGGGUCUCCAGGGACUUUCGACAGGUCUGUCAAUGACAAAACAAUUUUAAGGCUCAAAGAAGUAGCGGGAAUUACAACUCAAAUAGAGAGAGAUUGAAAUCGUACAGCAACCGUAUCACUUGCCACUAAUGGUGGCUGAAAAGUUGGGUUCUUAAACAUUUGAUUUUUAUCUAUUCUUAACUCAAGUAUUGUUUAAUAGUUGUUCUCUUCACAGCAUCUAUUCUACAAAGAAUAUUACUGCGUGAUCUUUUUAGGAUACGAUUUCUAAUUUCGGUGCUGACUCUAGUUUGCGCUGUCUCCCUCGGCUUCCCUCCGGGAAUGGAGGUGACUUGAUUUAGGAUAGGACUUCUAAUUUGUGGGUGCAGAGUCUAGAAUGGCAUUACACGGAUUGUAGCUGAACAUAGUCCGAUAGGGGGUUCAGUUUCCAUCUCUAAGAGGUACCCACAUAUUAUACCCCCUCCCCCUCGGCAUCCCUCCGGGUAUCGAGGUGACUCGACUUAGGGUAGGAUUUUUAAUUUAUGAGUGUAGAAUGGCGUUACACUAAAUACAGCCAAGAGAGGAUAAUACCCUGUCUUGUUGCCUUAAUGCAGGUGAACAUUGACUCAUAGCGUGUUCGAUCUUUAAUCUCUCAGUGGUACAUAGACUUCCACCCUUUCCCCCUCGGUUUCCCUCCCGGGAUUGAGUGGACUCGAUAUGGCCAACUAGUUACUAAGAAUCCUUUUCUGUUCAGCUUUAGCCUGUGUACCGACGCGCCCCUCUCCCCUCAAGGAGGGCGUCUGUACACAGGCUAGUUCAGCUUACAACCUCGUCCCCAGGGCUUUUCAGUUAAAAAAUGGCCUAGAGACGAGGUUGUUCAGCUUAGUAACGAAUCAGAGGCCCGUUUCUCAAACGGCCCGGUAACUUUUCGGGUCCGAAGGCCAAUUUUGAAAUCAAGUCCAUUUGAAUAGUAGCACAGUUCCUAGCUCACAAAUCGGUCACUUUUGCUUCGUUAACUGAUAGUUUCAUUAUAUCAAUUUCAAAAUCAAUGAAACUUUGAUAUUGAAUGCAAACACGGCAAACAUAAAAUAGCUUUUCGGGCCCUAAAAGUUAUCGGACUUUCGAGAAACAGGACCCAGGUUUCUUGGCUGUUCAUCAUGAGAUUAAUUUAUCAUGUCACAUAUUAACACUAAUAUUCUUUUAUCGUCUUCGCAGGCUUAUGAACCCUUUUAUGGUGCUCGCGUAUUUGUAGUGUUCGCAAGUAGAAGAAGGAAACUUCUCAAGUACGAUAAAAAAAAAAGCAAAACAGAAUCUUUUUGCUUAAGGUGUACUUUUUGUGCACAUUUAUAACUUGAAUGAACAAGAUUAUAGUAAAGGAAUUCUUUCUCUGGUGUUUUUCAGAAUAAACUUUUUACCAGAUUUGGCUGGAAAAGUAAUGAGCAAGAAAGCGGAAUAUGUAAGUAUGGAAAACACUUGAUAUACAUGAAAAAAUUUGGGUCAAGGGAACAACACUAUUUCAGUUUCGACGAUCCUUAAGCCCCGCCGCACGUAUCGGGAUAUUUUUGAAAGCGAAGAUUAUUUUUCUCCGUAUCAGCCUUCCUUCCACGGGCACCAAAACCGCGGGUUUCCUGUGAGCGGGGAUUUUUGAAAACGCCUAAUUAUCGUUUUCGCGAAGACGGAAGAAAAGCGAGAUUUUCGAAUACGAUCUUCAAAGAGCGCACAGGACGUUAUCUUAUUUGUAUCGCUUUUAAUAGCGUUUUCGUGCCGUGGAUGGGUAAAAACGAUUUAAAUACGCUGUGUGUCGAUACGCAAACUUUUGAAAAGUGUAGAAGAGGCCUUAGUGACCUCCUUAGUUCCUGUGUUUGCAUGUCAACCAGCAGAACCGAAACUCACAAGAAUAGCGUCGAACGGCAUUUGAUGUAAAAACUGUUGAAUAUUCUUCAACUAGCACCUUUUAGGGUUUAUAAUUAUAUAUAAACAUACCCAUAACUCGGGGUGUCGGGUAUGUGGUUUGCAAAUCAGUGGGGUUGGCGUAAGUGAGCUUCCUUGAGCGGCAUGACCAAGGUUAGAAGUUACCCUAACCCUCUAAAUAGUUGCAAAAGAAAAAACGAAAGAAAGGCGCUUUCUUGCGUGGAGUGAUUUUCACGCGCGCUCUACCAUCCCUGAGGAAAAAUGGGGACCACUCGCGCGUAGUCUAGGGGACUGAGCUCGGAUUUUGAUAACACAAUAAAACGCUGAACAGAUUUUGCCCUCGUUAUUUAAAAGGAGUAUCAGGUGUAUCAAGUAUCACUUCUUUUUUUUUUCAGAUCUCACGUUACGGGGAACAGAUUAUUAGUGUUACAGUCAUGUUGGGUUGUCUUGGAUACGAAGGCUACGUCACUUUUACUGACCUUGCUGUAAAGCCCAUAUACGGUAAAAAGCCAUGAAAUGACUUACCGAUGUGCACGAACUGUCUAUUUUGAAAUAGCGUUAUGUCCUGACAGUUUUGUGUAUUGUUCUACAACCUCUUCCCAAGGGUCUUCACGUUUUUCAUUAUGGCGGUGUUAUAGUGAUAUGGGCAUCCUCGCGUCGGUUUUGGGCAUCCCCAUUCCCAAAACCCUAGUGAUAUGGGCAUCCCCUUCUAAUAUUACCUUGGCGUUUUGGGUUAGGGUUAGGGUUAGAGGGGAUGCCCAUAUCAUUAGGGUUUUGGGAAUGGGGAUGCCCAAAACGCGGGGAUGCCCAUUAAUAUCACUGUAACAGCGGCGAAGGGAGAGAUCUUCUCUUUUAGAGAACAAAAGAACCCUGGGACGAGGAUGCAUUGUUCUGUUCUUAUGGUUUGUUUGAGAACGUUGGUGUGUGCACUGAUAAAAAAAACCACUGAGAUCCCUACAGUCUGUUUUGGAUAAGAGACUAUGCCUUGCCUACGUUAAACAUUUGAUCCUAUCACGGCAGGCUGAAUCAGACUAUCAGUAGGUUAACCUCUAAUCUAAAUGCCCAUCAACCUUAAUAAGUAUAUAUCAUUGUUAUCACUCUUAGAAUGCUCCAAAUGACAAUCAAUAUUAUUGAUUGUAGUAAUUAUAUUACAUGUACCAUAAUUAUAAUCAUCGUUAUUAUUGACUAUUAUUAUAUAAUUAUGACGGUCUUAAUAUGAACUAGUGUUAAGUUUCAUCAAUGUAGAGCGACUGUUCACAACUACAAAUGAUCAAUUGCUUUAUCUUUCACCAAAAGCUUUCUAUUUUUGUUUUAUAAAAUCAAUUUUUUUAUCCAGAAAAAAUUAGAAGCCGGACCAAUAUCACACCAAAGAGCUUACUAGCCCCAUGCCAAGCAUCGACAAAAAGACCACAGUUGAAAUCAGGAGACUUUCUAACUGAAAUAUUGUACUCUGCCUCUUCAGCCACCGUAAGUUGUAACAAUUUGAUACGUUUGUAUUUCAAGAUAACCUCACGGUUUUAGCUGGUUUUAGCUGAACGCUCCAAAAUUCAUCCGCCCUUGGAUUUUCCUUGGAUGAACAAAAAAUGGAUAGAGAUUUGUGCUGGAUGCAACAAAAGAUUUGCAAAGCUCGCUAAAUUGUUGUCUUUGUUUUUGGAGUGUCAGCCAGUGCAGGAUUAAGAAAAUGCUUUGAUUUGUUCCGCUACAACUUUUGGCCAACUCAAAACAGCUACCCCGCCUCCAACCUCGUUCAGUGUAGCGUCUUUAUUCGUCCCUUUUUACCGAAAGGAAUGGGAGAGAGACCCUAAGAAUGAAUUUGCAACUACCACCUUCCAUGUUUAUAUUCAUCGUUAUCAUCAUCAUUAUCAUCAUCAUCCUCAUCAUUAUCAUUAUAUUAUCACUAUCAUAUUUUCUAUUUCUCUGUUUUGCGCUUACUUCUAGGAUUCCGACGCCAUCACUUUAGUGACACAGCUAACUUUUGACCGAAUAACCAUGUUGAAGAGGAUUUUAAGAUUUUGGAAUGGUAAGAUGACAUCUUAAAUCAUAAACUAAUACCGUUGGCCAGAGGUCUUUUUGCCCAGGCGGCUUGUAAAGAUCGGCAGACGCCACAAUACCUAUUAAAAAAUUCACUCAAUUUUCACAGGACCUUUGUCCGUGGUAGUUUAUGUUGUUUUAGACGACGAUGAUGAGUCCAUCGACUUCAAAACGUAGGUAAAAGGUUUUAGUUAUAACUGAAGUGUGUCGGAUAGUUUUUUUGAGACGGUUGUAGGUAUAUUAAAUAAUUCAAAAUAAUCAUGUCAGAGUUUUCAUCAACACUUUUUUUCCGACUUAUAAAACAAGCUUCAACUUAUAGACGUACUGACAAACAAUAAUUGUAAAGAGUUAGGCAAGUUUUAGCCUGCGAGCAAGCCCUCUGUUUGUGGUUAUUGUGAGAAGUCGCGCGCGUGUGGCACAUGAAAGAAGAUGAGAGAGCGAUGGGCGCUUACUCGCGCGUUGGAGAUCUCCCGACGAGCUCCGCUCGCCUUUGGAAAUGGGGAGGUUGCUCCCAGGCUAAGCACUUCUUUAAACAAAUACUUCCCUAAAAAUAUUAUAAACCUUAAAACGAAGACAUUCUGCCAGCACUAGCCUGUGUACAGCCUACCUCUCCCCUCAGAAAAAAAUCGGAGCAGGGCCCUCUUUUUCUGAGGGGAGGGGGCGGCUGUAGACAGGAUAGCCAGUACUUACCAUCAACCUUUAAACGAGUUCUUUUUAGGAGAGAGGUGUUGAUAGGAUUGCCACCGCAUUUGUUCACAAAGUAUUCCACAUUAUCUGUAAUCGUCAUAUAUGGAAAUAAGGUAAGUCAAGCGUACUAAAUGUGUAAAAUACUUAACUUUAUACUAAUUGCGGUAAAAGAAUUUUUAUCUAGACAUCUUCUCUUUAAAAAUUUGGCCAAAGUCGUGAAAUUUCAGUAUUUGAGUGUUUAUCACUGAAAAGAUUGCCUCUGUCGACUUUGGUUUUUCAUCAGAUUGGCCUCCAAUACCCAAUCAAUCGCCUCAGGAACAUCGCAAUCAGGUAAGUAUUUGCUUAGGUACAGUAUUAUAGCAUUUUACACCCCUCAAAUUUUCAGGCCAAACUGAAUGCCGGAUCUCAAAAAAUGAAGAUCUCCCGACCAAGACAGGAGCAGCGAUCAUCAAAGAGACAAUCCAUGGGAGUAAGUGAGGUGGCUAGGAUCAAGAGGAGCAAGAGAGGUUUUCAUUGUCUCUUGCUAGAACAUGCCGCUGUCGCUUGAUUCAAGCUACACAUUGGCGACCUAAAGAAACUUGCCACCUGAGAGUCAAGAAAAGGCUGAUUCACAAGGGACUGAAUAUUGAGACAGUCCCCAGAGCAGCAGCAGUCAUAGUGACGAUACUUUUUAACGUCUCAAACUAAAGACGGCGCCAGUAUAUAGUGGAUUGAGUGAGUGAGUGAGUGAGUGAGUGAGUGAGUGAAUGAGUGAGUGAGUGAGUGAGUAUAAGCGAGUGAGGGUCACGUAUUUUACAAGGUCUGUUAGACUAUUCUUGUCAAUCAUCUUUCAGGAACGCUAAAACGCAGUAUAUAUUUCUCGUUGACGUGGAUUUUGUUCCUUCACCCUAUUUGGAAAUCGUUGCACGGUAAGCAAGUGCAUUGUAAAAGCUUUCACAAAACUAUCUCACUUAAGCAUGUCCUCUUCACUGCGCAAGGGAACAUAAAUAUUUUUCCGCUAACUGACUUUCUGAAAUUCUUUUCAGAGAUAAUAUCAUUGAGUACAAUAAAAAAAGAAAUAAUACAGAUGACAAGGUGGCCUUUGUUGUUCCUGCAUUUGAUGGUGCAAGAAAUCUGGUUGGUCAAUUCAAACUGUAUUCAAUUAAGUAAACUUUACACACACACACACACACACACACAAAAACAGUUAACAAGGCUGUCCACUGAUUGCAAAAAUACUCUAACUAGCAGAGCUGCACUGUCAUCAUCCUAUUUGUUCUUCGAUUCAAUUCUGUCUUUCUUUAAUCAUGAGAUUCUAAGAGUAUUCCUUUAGAUAAACUAUUUAGAUAUGCGACGCAUAGCCCGCACACAUGAAGUUUGGGAGUAUCCCUGUGGAGAGACGACAAAGGGGGAACGCGAUUUAACCGUCGUCUUGACAGUUUACAUUGCGCGUUGAAGCGGUUUUGAGUACGGUUCUUGGCUGCUGACUUUCCUUGUAGUGCCCAAGUCCCUGGAUUUACGAAAACGAAACCCGUUGCCUCUGCAACUAUGGUCUGUUUUUGAUUGACUUGAGGAGGACAAAUUUUCAUAGUAAAAAUCAUGGUAUUAGGUUCUGUUUCCUAGCUGUAGAUCUUAGACAUGUAGGUUUAUUUCGUAGGAUUUAGCCAGCGUAGCCUGCGUAUAGCAAGCAUUUCCGUGUGGUUUCGGAGCAAAGAACGUAACGAGGAACGAGAGUCAAAGACCGCGCGAACUAAGUAGGAUGAAAUAAAAUUAUUUUCACUCCACUCUCUUGCAGUUUACAAGAGAACUCCCGGAGACAAAAGAGAAGCUCGUCAAAAUGGUAAAAAGAAAAAGGAAACUGUCUCCAUUUAGUAUCCUUCGUAUAAUACUUUAAUCUCUUAACAUUGCUCUUCUGAAAAAAAAAUUCACAGCACCCAUGCAUAAAAAAGGUAGAGAUGAAAAUUAAGUCAUUUUUCUAAAAGUUUUAAGUCACAUGAUAGCGCUAUUUGGAAGACCUUGAAAUGGUUCCUGUCACUGUAAUGGCGAAGUACGAUAUUUGACUAAGCCUGCAUGCUACUUUAUAUCUUCUGAACCCCUAUAGGUACAAAAGUAGUCCGUAUGAGCCUUGGAGUCUUCUAAGUACUUAAACUACCAUAAUUUCAUGGGGCCAAAUCAAUGCAAUUUAGGUAGUGUACAUCUCAAUCAGCCGUUAGGUUUUCAAAAUACGUCAACUCUGAUUCUGAAUAAGGUAAUGAGAUUUGGCCAAGCCUUUUUUUUUUUAAUCGUUUCAAAGCUAUAAAUGCAACCCGAAACUAGAAGCAGGGGCACCCAACGAGAAUAUAGUUUAAAACCACUUAAACAUGACAUUGUUAAACGUAUUUUAGUAUUAAUGGUAGAUAUAGGCAUAUUUUUAUCCCCUAAAAAUAUUUCACCUGUUCGGAUUUCCCAGCUGAAAGUCUAGUGAUCCGAAAAUUAAAGGGAUCAAAACUGACCUUUUCGAAAAUUUCAGCUAGAAAAAAGGCUCUCGGAAAUUCUAGGUGACCUUGUUAGGGUAAAAAUCCGUUAAAAAUGGGCAAUUAUACCAUUUUUUAGAUGUUCGAAAAUCCUAGGAGAGGCAGGCAAGCAAUUAUAAAUUUUACAACAAGUGUUCCGAGAAUUCUAGAUCUGAAAACGUCUUCCGAACAGAUAUCUUCUGAAAAUUGACGUUGGGUACCCCUGUAGAAGGUCUCUUUAAUUACUGUCGAUUAUUUCCGAUUUAUUAGAAAGCCCCUAUACCCAUGAUCUCCACUGUUAUAUUACAAGCGUGACUCCUUGACCACCUCCCAGGGCAGAUCGAGUCUCCAUUAUCUCAUAGCUCUACAAACUAUAGCAAGUGGUACAACUCCAACGAGUCGUAUGAAGUCAGCGGCUACCAGGACAAAUACGAACCUUAUUUGAUUCUUAGGUGCUGUUACAUAUCUUAAUAUGCAAAUGAUUUUAAAUACCAAAGUUAGUCUUUGGAUCAGGAAUAAAACUGAAUGCCUUGUAGGAAUUCCUUAUGUUUCUGGUAUCUGCUCGACCUUAAUUGACGUUUCAAGUCAAGUUACCCCUUCCAUCCCCCAGGCGUUGGUUGUUAUUACUACGAGUAUUCAUAGCUUUUACUGGACUUUAUACUACUUUGACCUUGUAUUUAGCAGAGAAUCUGCGGUUUAUAAGUACAUUAUCAAUUUUAAUUGAUUUCAGUUGGUAUCAAAAUACCAUCUUAAAAAAAGACACAGACAUUUAUUCCCUCAUUGAGGGUCUGGAUUGGAGCGUUUCUGUGGAACUUACAAUCCUCCAGCGAUUUACUCGUGUAACACGUCUUCCACCAUUGCUUUGCGCUAACUAUACCAGUAGAACAUUUCUUUAAGAUUGCAACGUUAACAAAGCACUCGUUUAUUUGCAGAAUGACUCCUGAACUGCCACUCUAUGACGAGAGAUUUACGGGCUAUGGCAUGAAUAAGAUUUCACAUAUUAUAGAGCUAACGAUUUUGAGGUAUAUUCCCCUUUUUCGUUCCUUUUUUUUCUUUCUUAACUUUACAUCACUGCUAAACAUUCGGAUUUUCUCAAUUAUUAUCGCGCUUUCCGAAAAGUUAUGGAAUUAGGCAAGAUAUAAAAUGGUGAAAGUAGGUUUUUAAAACGCUUGUCUUUUAGGCGAUCUGGAUGCCUGAGAUCUCACUAUCGGUUUAGGUGCCAUUGUUGUUUUCAACACCAAAUUCGUCUAUCGUAAACCUUCUACUACAACCUUACUUUUUCCAUAAAGCUUCGCUUUUACAAUCAGAAUACUCCAGAAUGUGUGGAAAAAUAAAUUAUAGAUUUAACAAUACAGAGAUAUAACAACACAGUCACUUUUCAAUAAAUGAUAAUAAUAAAUUGACUUUUAUCUGAGUUUACUGUACUUUAAUUCUUAGGUAUAAAUUUAUUGUUUUGCCUGAUGUGUGGAUUGUCCAUCGGUAUCAUAGAUUGUCACCCUUGUCAUUUGCUCACAUGACGGUAAGUUAUCUGAAAAAUAAGUGUCUAAUUCAUCAUUUGUGACUUCACAGCACAAAAACCAACAGGGUAACCUAAAGAUUUUUGGCAAAUCCGGCAAAUGCCAACACUAUGGAGACCGGGCAAUAUUGCGGACUUAAAAUACAGUUUUUAGAGUGUUUUCAUUGACUCAAGUAAUAAGCAGCUUUGUAAAUUAAUUGGGCCAUUUAUAUUGCAAAGAGAAUAGAGAAACAAUUACAAUAAAAAAGAGUUCAAUUACCACAUGGUUGAUUAGUGAACCGACAUAACCGGAGUGAUGACGUGCAAAAACGCUCUACUAACUUUAGUUUUUGUCACUAUUAUAUUUGCAGGAUCCUGACAUUCGCUUCAAAAACAGACUGAAGCGUUUUGAAUUUAUCAACGAUUUGUACACUAAAUACAAGAUAGGACAGUGCAAUUCG